AUGGCCAAGAUCGCUGAUGUUGUUCAAGAAAGCGGUCAUAAUGUCGUAAGUAAUUGUCAUUUUUUAAAAUACAUAGCUUUGUACAGUGUGUUUUAAACAACUUUAUUUAAGUUUAUAUUAUUUUAGACCUUUUACCAGCAAGAAAUCUUCAAAACAGUCCACAGAACUGGCGCUUUGAAGGCCAAAGUGGUAGUCAAGUCUGCUCAUAUUGACUUCGGGCCGGAGCCCUAUCAAGAUCUGUGGCAUGAUACUGGAUUGUUCGUUACUAAUCCUGAUGUGAGUUCAUCUUCCCUACCCUAUCCUGCCUUACCUUGCCCUACCCUACCCUACCCUACCCUACCCUACCCUACCCUACCCUAUCCUGCCUUACCUUGCCCUACCCUACCCUACCCUACCCUACCCUACCCUACCCUACCCUACCCUACCCUACCCUACCCUAUCCUACCCUACCCUACCCUACCCUACCCUACUUUACCUCAGCCUACCCUAUCCUAUUCUGCCCACCUAACUUGUCUUCCUUUGUUCAGCCCGAGCUUCUACCGUGUUUCUUGCUGUGCCACGUUCUACCGUGCUCUGCCCUACAUUGAUCUGCUUUACUAUACCUUAUCCUACUUUAUGUUGUUUGUUGUUGUACCCUGCUAAUACAAUAACAAUAAAGUAAACUAAUAUUGCUAUAUUUUAGGCCUUCCGAGUCUACGCUGAUGUCAUGUCAAGCGCCUGUGAAUGUAAGUAAAAAGUGUAAUCAAAAACUAUUUUUAAUGACAUAUGAUAAAAGACCGUAUUUUACCUUUUUUAGCUCAGUCUAUAAUUACUUUUGAAUAUUUUACAUAUAUAAUAAUAUCAUUUUCAGCACAACUGAACGAUGAAGAAUAUAUGAAAUCCUUAAAAAACGAAAAAUAUGACUUGGCUUUGGUCGAAUUCUUUGACAUUUGUAGCUAUGCCAUUUUAGAGCGUAUUGGUGUCAAAAGAUACAUCAGCUUAUCAGCUUUGACUGUCCAACAAAAAGUUUUAAGAUACUUUGGCAUGCCAGCUAAUAUCGCGUUUGUUCCUGGUAAGUUAGGCUAUUUUUAGGGAUAGAACUUUGAGCAAGGCUCUGGUCUAGGGCUCUAGACUAGGGCUCUAAACUAUGGUUUUGGGUUAGACAUGGGGAACAAACUGGGCCGGCUUGGAAUCAAAUUUUGAUCGAACCGGGGCUGAACAUCAAGGAUUUUCUCAGCCCGAAAAGUCCAGCCCGCUUGCACGUAAAAAAUUCGGGCCGGGCUUGAGGAAAAUAAAUAACGGGCCGUGCCUAAUAUCAAGGCCCGGACCAAACCAUACGGUUGUUCUGGACAGUAAGACUAGGGCUCUCGGCUAAGGCUCUGGGCUGGGGCUCUGGGCUAGGGCUCUGGGCUAGGGCUCUGGGCUAGGGCUCUGGGCUAGGGCUCUGGGCUAGGAAUCUGGGCUCUGGGCUCUGAGCUAGGGCUCUGGGCUAGUGCUCUGGGCUAGGGCUCUGGGCUAGGAAUCUGGGCUAGGAAUCUGGGCUCUAGGCUCUGGGCUCUGAGCUAGGGCUCUGGGCUAGGGCUCUGGGCUAGGGCUCUCGGCUAGGGCUCUCGGCUAAGGCUCUGGGCUAGGGCUCUGGGCUAGGGCUUUGGGCUAGGGCUCUAGGCUAGGGCUCUGGGCUAGGGCUCUGGGCUAGGGCUCUGGGCUAGGGCUCUGGGCUAGGGCUCUGGGCUAGGGCUCUGGGCUAGGGCUCUGGGCUAGGAAUCUGGGCUAGGAAUCUGGGCUCUGGGCUCUGGACUAGAGCUCUGGGCUAGGGCUCUUGUCUAGGGCUCUGGGCUAGGGUUCUGGACUAGGGCUCUGGGCUAGAGGUUUGAGGCUGGGCUAGGUUAAUUACAAUUUUUUUUUAAAUUGUGAUUUUUUAGGUAUGAGCGACAACACAGGGGCAAAAAUGACGUUUCUGGAGCGAACUAGAGCCUUUCUGACAUUUCCUUUCAAAACUUAUGAAUUUGACAGAAUCUUUUAUGAAACUCUAGCUCAAAAUGUGAAACAAAUUUAUGGCCAUAAUUUUGAUUAUGAGGACAAAUUAGCCCAUAGUUCAUACGUCUUUGUCAAUAUUGAUGAACAUCUGAGCUUCCAAAUGCCCUUAAGCACUAAAUUUGUUUUUACUGGAGGGGUUGGACAAGAUGCUGAGGCUAAACCACUUCCUAAGGUAAUUUUUUGCAACUUUUGAAAUUUUGAAAUUUUUCUUUUCAUAUUUUUCAAUUUUUUUUUAAUUUUAAAAUAUUUUUAGAGCCUUCAAAGCAUUUUCAACAAUUCGAAAACAGGUGUAAUACUAAUUUCUUUUGGAAGUAUAGUGCAGUCAUUUGCCAUGCCCAAAGCCCAAAAAAACGCCAUUAUUAGUACAGUAAAGCAGUUCCCAGACAUCGACUUUAUAUGGAAGUAUGAACAAAUCGAUACCGUCGGUGAAAACAUUACUAACCUUCAUAAAAUCAACUGGGUACCUCAAACUGAUCUGCUUUGUAAGUUAUCUAUACAGCUUUAUCCUACUGUACCACACCCUAUUCUACCCUACCCUACCCUACCCUACCCUACCUUACCUUACCUUACCCUACCCUACCCUACCCUACCCUAUCCUAUUACUUCAUUUUAUAUAUCUUACCUUGCUUUACCAUAUCUCAACCCAAUUGCUGUACUCUAUUGUAGGCCAGUCUUAAAAUACUGUAAUUUAUUUCACUUGCCGUACCCAAGAGGGCCCUGGUAAUAUGAUAAAAGAACCUUUCUUCUGUCCAACCAUUGCUUUACCUAGAUAUACAACCUUAGUCUAAGCUAGCCCCAUCUCAAAGCUUGCCAUGCUUAUCUUUGCCUUAGGUCUUCGACGUCUUUACCCAUCCUCCCUACCCUUUUCUAACUUGCCUUUACUUUACCUUUACAAGUUCUGCCAGCCUAUAUUUGACCCUAAUUUUUACAUAACUUCUGCCAUCUCUCCUAUACUUGGAAAAAACAUUGCCACACCCAAUACUAUAAUGUACAUUUCAGCCCAGCCCAAGCUUUUGGCCUUUGUAACCCACGGUGGGUUGAACAGUGUCAGUGAGUCAGCUCACAAAGGGAAGCCAAUGAUCUGUGUUCCAAUCUUUGCUGAUCAAAACAAUAAUUGUUACUCUGUAGAAGAGAAAGGUCUGGCAGUCGUCAUACCCAAAUGGGAUUUGACUAUGAAGAGACUGGAACAGGCUGUGAGGACAGUGGCUGAGGAUGAACAGUACGUUAAAAACUUUAAAAUUAAAAGAAAAUAUACAUCUAAUCCACCCUACCAUACCCUACUUUACCUUACUUUUUCAUGCCAUACCUUACCCAACCCUACCGUACCCCAUCCUACUUGACCGUGCCGUGCUAUCUUAACGUAACUUAUCCUAACUUACAGUAUCGUGCCAUGCCCUAACCUACCAUGUUCUAAACUACCAUACCCUACCAAAAGAAAUAUCAAGUUUACCCCGCCCUUCUUUCAGAUUCAGACUCCGUUCCACUCACUUCUCUAGGAUGAUGAAAGACAAGCCAUUUAAAGCCAAAGACAGAAUUAUCGGUUUUGUAAACCAUGCUCUACAGUACGAUGUCCAUUCAGCUCUUGAUCUACCCUCAAGGCAUUUAUCAACCAUGCAGUACUACUUUUUAGAUGUACUAUUAUUAUUAUCUGCAGUACUACUAGUUAAAGGGUAUAUUGCCUAUCGUUUCAUCCGAAGAAAUGUUGUACAUAGACUUGUCAAGGACAAGAUUGAAUAA